UUUAAAACCUUCCUUCCAUUUCCGACGAAAUAAAAUUAAAAGCAGAGAGAGCGAUGGAUUCCCUUUUCAAAUCUCCACUCCUUUUCGCCCAAAAUCAUCGUUGCCAUUUUGGAAACUGGGGGGAGGAAGUACCGAAAGGAGAGAUCUUUCCUUUCUCUCGUUAGAAAACCAUAUAUAUAUAUAAAAAAAUCCUUCCUUUCCUUCCUCUCUUCGUAGCAUAGCCUUUUUCACCAAACCACAGAUUUGAUACAGGGCGAGAGGACUGUUGGAGAGGAGCGGAGAACAAGAGAAAUCGUCCUUUGAGGGCAGCUCUUUUAGAGCAGAAAAGCUGAAUGGUGUAGCAGAGAAUAGGAAAUGUAGAGAGAGAGAGAGAGAGAGAGAAUCUGUGAUAAAUAAAAGGGUAGGGCGAUUCACGAGGUUGUCAGCGGCCAAGGGAACGGGGUAUAUAGCUUCGCCCUAGACACAAUGCUCCAGAGGUGAGAAAGAGGAGGUGGAGAGUAUCCAUACGGUCGACUCCGCUUUCCAUUUUGAAUUCUCUGAGGAAAAACCCGAGCUUCCUGAAUUCUCUGAGGACCUCUAAGCUACCCAUUCCCCACUCUAGCUCUUCUCCUGUCCUGUCCGGCCGGGAGAUGGGUCGGGCCGCGCGGUGGCUGAGGAGCCUGAUCGGUGGCAAGAAGGAGAGCAAGGUGCCGAAGGAGCAGACCAAUUACGGGGGCGAAGGGAGGAGGGAGAAGAAAAGGUGGAGCUUCGCGAAGUCGGCGAGGGACUCCAGCGAAGCCGCGGUGGAUCAGAAUCCGUCUUCCGCGGCGGUGGACACGGCAUGGUUGCGGUCUGUCUAUGCUGAAAGUGAGAAGGAGCAGAGCAAACAUGCCAUCGCGGUGGCGGCAGCCACGGCCGCAGCUGCCGAUGCCGCCAUGGCAGCAGCACAGGCGGCGGUGGCGGUUGUUCGGCUCACAAGCCAGGGGAGGGGCAGCUUGUUUGGCGUCCACGAGCGGCGGGCAGCUGUGAAGAUCCAGACUGCGUUCAGAGGUUAUUUGGCAAAGAAAGCUCUCCGAGCUCUCAAAGCACUCGUUAAGUUGCAGGCGUUGGUUAGAGGAUAUCUAGUUCGCAAGCAAGCGGCCGCAACUCUCCAGAGCAUGCAAGCUCUCAUCAGAGCUCAGGAAACUGUUCGAGCUCAGAGAUCUCGCAAUCUUGUGCCCAGCGACCGGAGGUCCCAACCAGAAUUCCGCCCCCGGAGAUCUCUGGAAAGGUUCGACGACACGAGGAGCGAACACAUGGCAUCGGUCCACAGCCGGAGACUUUCGGCGAGCCUCGACAACGCUUCCAAUGGCUUCGACCGGAGCCCAAAGAUCGUCGAGAUCGACACCUGCCGCCCCAGGUCGCGAUCUUCCCGCCGGACCAGCCCCUCAGUUCUGGACCUGGCCGACGAGCUGCCCCCGCAGUCAAUCUCCUCCCCUCUCCCUUGCCAGAUUCCCUCCCGGAUCUCCAUCCCCGACUGCCGGAACUUCCAGGACUACGACUGGUGCCUCACCGGUGAGAAAUGCCGGUUGUCGGCCACGGCACAGAGCACCCCCCGCUACAUGAAUUCCACCGCAGCCAUGCCGGUGACUCCGGCCAAGAGUUUGAGCGUUGCCGAAGGAGUCUUCCGCCGGUUUCUGAGCAACGCUCAUUGCCCCAGUUAUAUGGCGAACACCCAGUCCUUCGAGGCGAAAGUCCGGUCACAGAGCGCACCGAAGCAGAGGCCGGAGCCGGCCGGGACAAGGAAGAGGCUCCCUCUUAGUGAAGUUAUGGUGGAGUCCAGAGCCAGUCUUAGUGGGGUCGGAAUGCAGAGGUCUUGCGCUCGAGCUCAAGAGGCUUUCAACUUCAAGAGCGCGGUGGUGGGCCGGCUCGAUAGGUCUUCAGAGCUCAGCAGGGAAGCAGAGACGAGGGAGUUCUACUUGCAGAGGAAGUGGUGAUUCCGCCGUAGUCAAAAGACCUAGAAUAAGAGAGUAGAACUCUCUUACUUCCUCUACUAUCCUUAUGGCUUUUACUACUAUUAUUAUUAUUAUCUCUUUCCUUUUCCUAAUGUUGUAACAAUAUUGGAAGAGAAAUCAGAGAAGCAGUCGUCUGGUGUAAAUUCUUUAGAAUCUAUCCAACUUGAAGCAUCCUUCGUUCCGUGCCA